AUGUCAGACCGGCAAGCGAAGCAAGCCGCAAAGCGCAUGAGGUUGGGCACCAAGUCGUGUGCCGAAUGUCGUCGACGCAAAGUGAGGUGCGUCUUCUCUCCAGGAAACAGCGUUUGCCAAAAUUGUGUCCUGCACAGCACUGCAUGCACUGCUCAGCAGCCGCGGGCUCAGGUGGACGAAGCAGAGUGUGACAGGGCGACUUUGCGCCAGAGGGUCAAUCAACUCGAGGGCCUCGUCAAGAGCCUUGCCGGAUCAGUUCACGCCACAGCUGCAGUGAGCGAGCCUUUGGCGCAGGCGAAAUCAACGGUUGCGGCGCGAGGAAAUGCCCCAGCGCAAGAUUUGCCGACGACGAGCAACCCGUCAGAUGCCCCAUUGAUCAACCUCUUUCGGGAUGCGCUGUUGAUCAGCGAUGCCGAUGGGCGCGUACAAGACGAUGAUGGCUCCAAUGCUGCCCUUGGAGCCCGCCGCCCAAGUCUCUUGACAAGCCUCCAACCGAAUAUACCGGAUGAGGCAACCAUUCGGUCUGUGCUGGCCAUGACUCGAAAAUACUGGUGCACAUGGCCGGCCUGCUACUACGGCUCGGAGCCUCACCAGACCUUUCAGGUGAACCGUGACGCUGAGGGGGAAGAAUAUCUUGUGAGGGUACUGUCCCAUCCACCUCUGGACACUGCAUUUUGCAAAUCCUUGUUGUGGUUUGUACUCUGCCUCCAGCAACUACCCGCGGAUUCGUUUCGCCUCCUGUUUCCCCAACGAUGCUCGAAACAAGACAUGCUGGCGUCCUAUCUGGCCUACUGUCGGAUCAUGCUCGCGAGCGUGCCCCAGGACAAUCUGGAUGCCGUGCAAUGCCACAUUCUAGGGUUCAAACUGUACAUCAACAUGGGCAUGCCGCAGAAGGCGUGGGCCUGCACCAGAAGCGCCAUUAGCACGGCGACAUUGCUGGGGCUCAACAGGCUCGAUGCUGCCGCCAAGGAAUCCCACCGAAUCAUUUGGUUGCUAUCGUGGGAGACGGAGCGACAGCUGUCACUGAUCCUGGGAUACCCGUCUGCCGUUCAGACAACCACCAAGACUCCGUUCGGAUCCCUACCCAUGGGCCUCGAAGCGCCCGUGGCAUAUCGCAUCCUCUACGCCCUGGCACUAGUAUACGGUGAUGUAAUCAAUAGAGACCAAGACGGCGCCAACCCGUCCUACGCAACCACUGUCAACAUUGACGAAAAUGUGCGCGCGUUGCGGUCGCUUUUCCCCGUCGAGUGGUGGAGCCCCUGCGACGCCAGCGAUUCCAUCUCGGAUGCAUACCAGCGCGAGAGCGCAAAAUUUCUAUACUUUUUGCUGGUGAAGCUCGUCCACUUGCCCUACAUGCUCAAGUCGGUCUACGACGCGAGGUACGAACACAGCCGACAGUCCGUUUUGGAGGCCGCCCGAGAGCAAAUCCGCUGUUACGUGCGCCUGCGCAACUUCCCGGGCGCAGAGAUAUUGAUAUGCGAGCUCAUGGACUUCCAGGCGUUCCACGCGGGCAUGGUGUUGAUUAUUGGCGCAUUGUACAUGCCCGACAACCCGGGCGGCACGUUGCACGUCUUUAGCGAGGAUGGGAUUUUGAUCGAGUCCCUGAUUGCGAGCCUGCGACAGAUGGCGACGCUGCUCGAAUGCAGAGUCGCGGAACAGGGCGCGAGGGUCCUGGAGCUGCUUGUCGACACGCAACGGCCCCCCGAGGAUGUCGAGCUGUUGGUGCCGUAUUUUGGCAAGCUGCGCAUCAGGAAGCCAAUGCCGGAUAACCCGCAAAGCAUCGAGGCGCCUUCUACGUGUUCCGGGAUGUCUACCGAUGCCGGGCACAUGUACGACUUGGCAGCGCCGUCCGCUCGGCCCGUGGUCGAGUUGAGCACCAAUGUGUUUAUGACGGGCGUCCCGGCGCAGUUUAAACAGGGAAGUGAGCUGCGCCAGGACUGGUUCGGGGUGAGUGAUGUAGAUGCUUGCUAUGACUGGCAGCAUUCAUGGAUGAGAAUGGAUCUUGCGCCAUGA